ACGCGUCGUGAAACGUCGCUGCCCUGCCACGUAGACGUGCACGUGCGCACGUCACCGCAGCUGCUUCUGCUCAGUGGGAACUUGUGGGUCGCGUGGCUGUCAGUUGGUACCGCGAACAUGCUGCUGACGGUGCUGAGCUCCCUCUGCUCCUGCCUGCUGGCGUCUGUCAGCGGGGCGAAGCUGCGCGAGGCCGAGGUGUCGGUGGAGGUCCUGCACAGGCCGUUUCUCUGCCACCGCAAGUCCAAGUAUGGAGACAUGCUGCUGGUGCAUCACGAGGGCUACUUCGAAAAUGGGACAAUGUUCCACUCCAGUCGAACCCACGGUGACAAACAGCCGGUUUGGUUCACACUGGGCAUCAAAGAAGUGAUCAAAGGCUGGGAUAAAGGUCUGCAGGACAUGUGCUCUGGAGAGAAGAGGAAGCUGGUCGUACCUCCAGCCAUGGCCUAUGGCAAGGAAGGCACAGGUAAAAUUCCACCUGAAAGUACACUAACCUUCAUUGUUGAGGUGCUUGAGAUCAGAAAUGGACCAAGGUCACACGAGUCCUUCCAAGAAAUGGACCUUAACGAUGACUGGAGACUUUCCAGACAUGAGGUGAAAGAAUACCUCAGGAAGGAGUUUGAGCGUCACGGGUACCCUCCCAAUGACACACUACAUGAGAACAUGGUGGAAGAUAUUUUUACCAAAGAGGAUGAGAACAAAGAUGGCUUCAUAUCCUCCAGAGAGUUCACUUACAAACACGAUGAACUGUAAAGUCUAUCUCUCAAGUGCGAGGCAAGAGAUGCAGUUUUACCUACCUAUCAUGCGCAACAAUUCAACCCAUCCUCUGUGAAGCCAGGUGUGGUAGUUUUGUGCCAAUGGAUGCCUUCACUGUAGACAAUUCAGGCCUGUAUGGUUCUUCUUUAGAGCCAUAUCUAUAUUUUCUGCACUACUGCAUUAUAUAUAUACUACAUAAUAUUCCUCUUUAACAUUUCUCGUUUAUAGACAGACCCCUUUUUUGGUGUCCUGUAUUGAUGUUCUCCUGAACAAUGAUGGCAGGUGAUUCAGUCACAAACCCUGUUUAUCUGGCCAAUGUGCUACAAAUAAAGUUACUUCCAACUUUGUA